AUGGGGUUUAGCAUCCGAAAGGAUAGAAAAAAGGUAUGUAGGGAGAAUGUGGUGGUGAGUAGAAAAUGGGUAUGCUCUAGGCAAGGAGUACGUGCAAAGAAAUACUUGGAGCAUGUUGAUAGAUUGAGAGCACCAAGGGCAGAAACUAGGGUUGGAUGUAAACCUGUCUUUCGUGUGCGCUAUGAUGUGAAAAUGAGAGAAUAUAUAGUGACUCACUUUGUAAGCAAACACAACCAUCCCUUGGUCGCACCCCACUGUGUCCCUUUUCUUUGGUCACAUAGGUCUGUAACAAGUGCUGACAAAGCCCAAACAAAAGCUAUGCGUAAUGUCGGCAUUAGCACUGGCCAGAUAAUGGACCUUAUGACCAUUCAGUCUGGUGGUUUCGAUAAGGUGGGUUUUGUUCGAAAAGAUUUGCAUAAUACUGUUCAAGCUGACCGAAAAGUAGAACUGAAAAUAAGUGGAGAGUUGAGUUUCAUCCAUUCGAUGGCAGCAUAA